AUGGCUAGACCAGGCUCUGUACCACUACACCUCAAUCCAUUGAGAUUGAAAACAGCGUUGAAAAUGGCAAUAAGCAAAUUGAGGUUUAUUCAGGAGAAGAAAACUGCCAUAACCAAACAACAAAGACGUCAACUAUCUGAAUUGUUAUCACAAGGUAAAGAAUCGAGCAGUAAAAUCCGUGUGGAAAAUAUAAUCCGUGAUGAUAUAUAUAUCGAAUUAUUGGAAAUUUUAGAAUUGUAUUGUGAGUUAUUGUUGGCACGUUUACCAAUCUUGUUAAAACGAACAACAGUUGAGAAGAAUCUACAGGAAGCUGUCAAUAGUAUUAUUUAUUCUGCUAACCACACUGAAUUAAAAGAAUUAGUCACAAUCAAAGAUAUUUUGGUAUAUAAGUUUGGUGGACCUGAAUUUGCCCAACCAAUAUUGGAUAACAAAAAUGGUGAAGAAGUACCAGAAAAGGUUGUUAAACGAUGUGACAUUGAACCGCCAAGUGAAACAUUGGUCGACUUGUAUUUGUGCGAAAUAGCAAGAGCCUAUAAUGUACCCUAUAGUGGAUUAAAGGAAGAAGAGGCAACUAAUGCCUCAGGCGAUAAUAGCGAUGAUGACAAUGAUGACGGAGGACAAAAGGAAUUUGGGUUGGCAGAACCGUUAGGUGGUGUGGCAGUUAAACCUGUCUUUAAGAACCACGAUCCUAAACAACAAGAAGAAUCUGAUUUCGAUGCAUUAAAAGCUCGAUUUGCUGCAUUGAAAGGAACUUUGCCAUAG